GUCGUCGUUGCUGGCGCCUGGACUGCAUCAAACUAGAGCUUCAUCAUCUCAACGACAACAAACCCUUCCCGACCGACGACACGCUACCGAACGAUCGAGAUUCCCAUCCGCAUCACACAGAGCCAUAGCCGAUCCUUCCAGAAGCGCAAAAAUGGGCGACAUUGCUGUCGAGAACCCGGCAAACAUCCUGCCACCUCACAAGAAGGCCGCGCCCUCGACCAUCCCGACCAUUGACAGCUUCGAGGGUGUGACGACCGAGGGUGGCGAUGACUACGCGAACCUGAAGAAACUUCAACGGCAACUAGAAUAUAUCCAGCUGCAAGAGGAAUACAUCAAGGAUGAGCAAAGGAGUUUGAAGCGCGAGCUGGUGCGAGCUCAAGAAGAGAUUAAGCGGAUUCAGAGUGUACCUCUGGUCAUUGGCCAGUUUAUGGAGGCUAUCGACCAAAAUACCGGCAUUGUUCAAUCCAGCACUGGGUCCAACUACGUCGUCCGAAUCCUCUCCACUCUUGACCGCGAGAAGCUCAAGGCCUCCUCCUCCGUCGCCCUCCACCGACACUCCAAUGCCCUUGUCGACAUCCUUCCCCCAGAGGCCGACUCCUCCAUUGCCAUGCUCGGCGCUGACGAGAAGCCCGACGUGACGUACGCCGAUGUUGGUGGUCUCGACAUGCAGAAGCAGGAGAUUCGCGAGGCUGUCGAGUUGCCUUUGACGCACUUUGACCUCUACAAGCAGAUUGGUAUCGACCCUCCCCGCGGUGUUUUGUUGUACGGUCCCCCCGGUACCGGCAAGACCAUGUUGGUCAAGGCCGUCGCCAACUCCACCACUGCCAACUUCAUCCGUGUCGUUGGCUCUGAGUUUGUUCAAAAGUACCUGGGUGAGGGUCCUCGUAUGGUCCGCGACGUCUUCCGCAUGGCCCGCGAGAACUCGCCCGCAAUCAUCUUCAUCGACGAAAUCGAUGCCAUUGCCACCAAGCGAUUCGAUGCCCAGACCGGUGCCGAUCGUGAAGUUCAGCGUAUCCUGCUCGAGCUUCUCAACCAGAUGGAUGGUUUUGACCAAACCUCCAACGUCAAGGUCAUCAUGGCCACCAACCGUGCCGAUACUCUCGACCCCGCCCUGCUGCGACCCGGUCGUCUGGACCGAAAGAUUGAGUUUCCCUCCCUUCGCGAUCGCCGAGAGCGUCGUCUCAUCUUCAGCACCAUCGCCAGCAAGAUGAGCCUCGCCCCUGAAGUCGACCUCGAUUCCCUCAUCGUCCGCAACGACCCUCUCUCCGGUGCCGUCAUCGCCGCCAUCAUACAGGAAGCCGGCCUCCGCGCUGUCCGCAAGAACCGCUACAACAUCAUCCAGAGCGAUCUCGAGGAUGCUUACUCAAGCCAGGUCAAGGGUACCAGCGACGAGAACAAGUUUGACUUUUACAAGUAAACUCGUCUCAGAAUCUGCUACUCAUGUAUUCUCCGCUGUACAACCUAAUUUGGGACGGAAAUCUAGGCAAAGAGCGGAUCGACGGGUUGUAAUUGGGAUGGAACAAGGAUAGACUAGGUAUCGUCCUAGAAUAGAAUUGAAGGGCGUCUAGGCUUUCCAGGGUGUCUUUGUUCCACAUUACUUGUAAAACAGCAAUCAAUCAUCACUGGGCCAAGGUCAUCCCUUGACCAAAGUCAUCCAGAUCAGCAUUCACAGACAACUUCAGACCAG